AACCAUGAAUUAUUUUUUUAUAGUAAUAUUAAGCAUGCUACAGUAGAGUAUUUUAUAUAUGGGAUUUAGCAGUUAGUAGUAGCACAUAGAGGUAAAGAAGAUGAAGGACAGAUGAUGUGUAGGGGAGGAGAGAUGAUGCUCAACAGAAUGGAAAGUAUAGCAAAGAAUGAGAAUGUUGCAGAAGCUGAGAAAGAGAAAGUUGUGGGAGUUAUCAAGACACUUCAUUGGGUUGUUGCUAAAAGUGGAGUCUGAAGGGAAAGUUGGAGGGGUUAUCAAGGCAAUUCACUGGGUUGUUGAAGAGAAAGUUGUGUGAGUUAUCAAGACAUUCGCGUGAUUGUUGAGAGGAAAGUUGUUGGAGUUAUCAAGACACCUUACUGGCUUGUUGAAGAGAAAAUUCUGGGAGUUAUCAAGACACUUCACUGGGUUGUUGAAGGGAAAGUUGUGGGAGUUAUCAAGACACUUCACUGGGUUGUUGAAGGGAAAGUUGUGGGAGUUAUCAAGACACUUCACUGGGUUGUUGAAGGGAAAGUUGUGGGAGUUAUCAAGACACUUCACUGGGUUGUUGAAGGGAAAGUUGUGGGAGUUAUCAAGACACUUCACUGGGUUGUUGAAGGGAAAGUUGUGGGAGUUAUCAAGACACUUUACUGGGUUGUUGAAGGGAAAGUUGUGGGAGUUAUCAAGACACUUUACUGGGUUGUUGAAGGGAAAGUUGUGGGAGUUAUCAAGACACUUUACUGGGUUGUUGAAGGGAAAGUUGUGGGAGUUAUCAAGACACUUUACUGGGUUGUUGAAGGGAAAGUUGUGGGAGUUAUCAAGACACUUUACUGGGUUGUUGAAGGGAAAGUUGUGGGAGUUUUCAAGACACUUCACUGGGUUGUUGAAAGGAAAAUUGUGGGAGUUUUCAAGACACUUCACUGGGUUGUUGAAAGGAAAAUUGUGGGAGUUUUCAAGACACUUCACUGGGUUGUUGAAAGGAAAAUUGUGGGAGUUUUCAAGACACUUCACUGGGUUCUUGCCAGAAGUGGAGUCUGUAGAGAAAGUUGGAGGGGUUGUCUAGAUACUUCACUGGGUUGUUGCAGAAGUCCAGGGAAAGAAAGAUAUAGGAGUAAUUAAAACACUUCUUUGGGUUGCUUUAGAAGUAGAGUCUGAAGGGAAAGUUGUGGGAGUUAUUGUUGAAGUUAGUGAAGAAGUUAUUUAAGUCUCCCAUGUAAAGUACAGUUUCUUUGAUUACUCCUCCACAUUUUUAUAAAUCCAACAGUUUAAGCUGAAAUUACUGAAUCCAUUAUUUUCCUUUAUAAUAAAUUUCAUUUAGUUUCUGUAAAUCAAAUUUCGUAUUCUUAGUUGAACAGAGAAAGGUACAUAUUUGCCUUUCUCAAGUUUUGUCUGUCUAAUUUCCUGUCGCUGAAAUAAAGUCUCAGCAUGGCGAGAGAGAGAUCGAGCAGCCACCAGCCAACCCUCCGUUCACCUCCAGAUCUUAGCCACUGUGUCGAUAUUCAACAGUUAUCAAGACACCUCGCAGGGUUGUUAAUAGCAUUAGAGUCAGCCUUACUAAUAGCGUUAUUCAUUAAGCAUCCCAGCAAAGAUGUGCCAAGUUUUCUCCUCGGUGUUCAUGCCUGUGUCUUGAAGCCAGGAGGGAGAGGGCCAGAUUAUGAAACAUUUUGGCACACAAGCGUAUGCAUUCAACAAAGCUUUCAAUGGAGUUGUAGGCAUUUUGGUGGAUAGCUUUAUGAUCAAUGUGGUAGUUUGACAAAGCCUUUGUACCCUUAACCCCUAAAUGACCGGGGGUGGCUGCAAGGAUUAUACACUAAAAGGAUAGCUCACUGAAACGUCAUCGAUGAUGUCAUGAAUGCGGUGCGUCAUCUGGUUCACUUUCACCCUGCUCUCACGGUAUAAAAUGUACUAGAAAACCCUUAUUUGUUCUUAUUCAUGGUUGGAUUUUGCACUUUUUUGAUUGCUAAGGAUAAGUAAUUUAAUUAGGCAGCUGCUCUGUUGGCUCAGGGCCGUUUCUAGGCACAGGCGACACAGGCGGUCGCCUGGGGCGCCAUUUGCUGGGGGGGGCGCCAAAUUGGCAUCCAAAAUUAAUAUUGUUACGCGGGGUACGAUAAUGUGCUGUAGGCGGAGAGGCGGAGCUGGGCGAGCGGGAACGGCGAGUUGAAGGCGGGGGAUUGUUUUGGUUUUGCCCUGGGACGCUGGUGGUAAUUCCUGCACUCUGGUGUCUUCCUACUGUCUUGGGCUCGCCUAGCCUGUGGGAGGCUGUAGCUCAGUGGAGAGCUGUGGAUCUGACGGGGAAGUGCCUACAGUACGGACAGUGUGAGAGUGCUGGAGCCUGGAGGGAGUGACGGCGGAGCUGGCUGGCUGACGCGGACACGUACUGCCGGUUACCUGAGUCACUGAGAAACCGGCCUAGCUGACGCGCCUGCCAGAGGUGGUGUUGGGCCGGCAGUGGGUUUGUAACAAUAUAUUGUUACGAAUGGUGAUGUAAAGCGUAUUGCAUCAUUAUGUUAUCUUAUGUUAUGUACUGUAUAUAAUAAAAGUUUCUCAUGUUUGGUUUGGUUACGUUGUGUGAGUGACUGUCUGUUUCAAUAUUAACAAGCCCAGCAGACUAGUGUAGGAUAUAUAUUGUUACGAAUGUGCUGUAUGUGAAUGAUUGUAUGUGUAAUGUGAUGAAAUUGUAGCAUGAUGCAAUGUUAGCUCAGCAUGGUGCAACUCUACUUGUUGGGACAAGAGAGACAGAGGGGAGCCCGGGGGCCUCCGGCCGCCGGGCAGGAAGUGCGGAGUCGGCAGAGUGGAGAGUGGCGAGCGAGAGGCGCUGAGGAGUAGUUGAAGGCGCGUGUCUGGGCUUAGGGAGUGUUGAGCUGCUCCGCUCGCGAGCUGUGUGCUUCCGGUGUGCGUGUCUGCCGUGCCCCUGUACUGUGCCUGAUUAACUGUUCUGUGCCCUUGAAAGUUGCUGUACUGUGUGAGGAACCUGUCAUUAAACUAGAACUUAGUGUUGAACGUGUAUCCUUUGUGCCCUGCCUCGUCCCCUCCUCCCCUCGGUGUUCGAUGUGGGCCGCUGUGAGUGACUGGUGCCCGUGUGGCUGUUCUGGGGAUCACGCCACCUGCCUGCCCGUGUAUGGUGUGUGGUAGGGGGGGUGGCGUAACACUUGGUGCCAAAGGAGUGGGAUAAGUGAACAGUGAAGCGCGCCGAGUGUCAUGGCGUCCCCCAGUGAUCGCCGUGAGGGUGAGGAGACGGGCAAGGCCGAGGCUGACCCGGGUGAGGUGAAGCCGGGCCAGAUGGAAUUGUUCGCUGCCAUGCUGGCCAGUAUGAGGCAGGAUUUGGAUCAGAGGGCAGACGAGAGGGCACGCGAGCAGGCUCGGAGGGCAGAAGAGAGGGCAGACGAGAGGGCACGCGAGCAGGCUCAGAGGGCAGAAGAGAGGGCUCGCGAGCAGGCUCAGAGGGCAGAAGAGAGGGCAGACGAGAGGGCACGCGAGCAGGCUCAGAGGGCAGAAGAGAGGGCAGACGAGCAGGCACGCCAUCUUGCCGAUGUCCUCCAGAGCUGUUUCUCGUCGCUGAAGGUGGAAACCCAGCAGUACACCGACCAGGGCUGCGACAGCGCGAGGAGUGAACGGCUGGAGGAGGUGCGGACCCCGGAAGGCGAGGUCCGAGGCCUGAGGGAGGCGGAGAGGCAGCUGCGAGAGGUGGCACCGUCGCACGCGGAGGAAGAAGGCUCAGUUCUGGCAGGAAGCGCCGGGGCGGCGGUCCUGCAGGGGCCUAUCUGGGGCUCCUGGCAAGGACUCCUGGAGCCUGGUAGCGUCGUGGCGGAACCAAUAGCUGCCGCAGGAGGUUGGGGAGCCCCCGCCUCGUUGCCUCCCUCACCCCCACCCUCUCCUCCAUGCCAGCCGGCUCGCAGGUCACGUAGUCCGCUCUCUCUCCCAUGGCAGCAGCGAGAGGUGGCAACGUGGUGCGGGGAGGAACAAGAAGCGUCACGUGUGCUGGCGGCGGGUGCACGGGUGGCGGACUGGCGGGGCUCCGCGUGGGGUCCCUGGCAAGGGCCCCUGAAGCCCGGUGGCGUCGUGGCGGAGCCGGUGGAGGCUGCAGGAGGCUGGGGAGCCGUCGGAGCCGCUCCCUUGGGUCCAGCUGGUGCUGGAGUCGGACCCAUUAACCCUGCCUCGUUGCCUCUCUCACCGCCUCCCUCUCCGCCAUGCCGGCCGGCUUGCAGCCCACGUGGUCCGCCCGCUCCUCUCUGCGGCCCCUCGGCCUCCCCGCGCUCAGGGAGGCUUAAGCCAGCGGAGCACGACGGGAAGUUGGCAUGGGAGGCCAAGUUCAAGAUGCCAGCUGCUGCCCAGGGCUGGGGCGAGGAUGAGAAGGCGCUGCAGCUGACAGCAGCGCUACGGGGCUCAGUGGACGGGCCCGGCCGCUUGGUGGGGAGCGCCGAGAGGACCUUGGGGCGGCCUGACAUGCUGGCCGCUACGCGACUCCAGGACGCGCCACAGAGGCUGUGUGGCGUCACGGGGCACUACGUACAGUCUGAGGGCCCAGUGGAGGCUCGUAUCGGCGUAGGCAGCGCUGUGGAGCGCCGGCCGAUGGACGUCGCCGAUCGAGACGAGCCGUGCGUGCUGGGCCUCGACUACCUGCCGCAGGGCGAGGCCUGUGCCGACCUUGGACGGGAGCUGGAGAGGCUGCGCGGACAGGCGCCUUUGCUCCCGAAGGUCGGCUGUGCAGAGGUAGUCGCGGCGGAGCGACUGCACCUUGCCCCGGGGACGGAGGCUAGGGUCCUGUGUUGCCGGUCGGACGCGAUGCCAGCGGAAGGCACGGUGGAGUCCACGGAGGGCCUGCAGCUGCCUGGUGGUGUGGCAGCCGGACAGUCUCGAAGGAGCGGGGGAGGAGUCAGUCACGGUGCUGGUGGCUAACUCCUCCGACGAGGCUCGGAAAGUACCCGCUGGUGCCAAGCUGGGCACCUGUGAAGAGGUGGAACAACUAGAGGAGCCGUCGGGGAGCGCGGAGUUGGCCGCUGUGAGGCCGCUGCCCGACUUCCUGGAGGAUUCGAUGCACCGGAGCGCCGCUCACCUGACGGAAGCGCAGACGAAGGUGCGCCACAACCUGGCUCGGUGCGCGGACGUGUUCAGCGGGGGUGGAUUGGACCUGCUGGGCUGCACGGGGUUGUUGAAUCACAACAUCAGCACGGGAAAUGGUGCGCCCACCAGGAGCCCGCCCCGACGUGUCGUGCCGGCCAGGCGGGAGGAAUUGCAGCGCGCCGUCAACGAGCUGGCGGCGCAGGGGGUGAUGGAGCGGACAGACUGUCCGUGGCCCUCAGCAGUCGUCCUGGAUAUGAAGAAGGACGGCACGCAGCGCUUCUGUGAGGACUGCCGGGCGCUGAGGGACGAGACUGGCGAGGACUCUCACCCCCUGCCGUGGACCGACGACGCGCUGACGAGGGCCUUGGAGUUCGGGGCCUUGACGAUGACAAGCGGCCUAGCGGCGGCCGCCCCGCCCUGCCAUGACCUCCGGGGCCGGAUGGCGAAGGUGAAGAUGAAGGCGAGCCCGGAGGGUCUCCGUGGCUCGUGCGGGGGCUGUGGCAAGAGGGGGCAUAGGUGCAGUCGGUGCCUGGGGGAGCGAAGGACGCGUUCCCUCGACCGGCUGAGCCCCGACGCCCUCCAGCCGCGCUGUAAGGACUGUGGCCAGUCAGGCCACCGCUUGAGUGCCUGUCCCAGGCCCAGGGACGCGGCGCGGGCGGGAAGCGCGGACGGGCUGGAGAAGGGAGCCGACCUCCAGCCGUCUCCCGCCCUCGGGCCCCGCCUUGUGUAAGCUGCCGCCGCCCGACCAGCGUGUUGCCAGUGGGAGGCUUAGCAGUUGUAGCCACGACGCGUGACAGUGGACACCGGGGGCUGAGGAGUGCUCGGCGCGGCCUGACCCGGGGUAGUGUGUGCUGCUGGAGGGGCCAGUGGAGGCUCGUAUCGGCGUAGGCAGCGCUGUGGAGCGCCGGCCGAUGGACGUCGCCGAUCGAGACGAGCCGUGCUUGCUGGGCCUCGACUACCUGACGCAGGCCAGUAAGGCUCGUGGUGGCCUCGGACGGGAGCUGGAGAGGGUGACCGGAAUGGUGCCCUUUGCUCCCAGGAGGUUUUCGAGCAUGGCUGCGUGGGGAGGUAGUCACAGCCUGGCGAGGGCACCUUGCCCCGAGGGUGGAGGCCAGGAGCCGGUGUCGACUGUCCCGAGCGUCACGUGGAGCGGAUGGCGUGGAAGAGCCCACUGAGGACUGACGGCUGGUCGACGGCGUGGCUGACAGGCGGAGCCCCUUGGGGGCGCGAGAAGAGACUGUGGAAGACAGACUGAUUUAUGUGUAUUGCAUGUAUUUUUCUGUGUUCAAUGUUCGGCCGGGAGCUCAGGCUACCGGUGGAUUUGGUCACGGGGCGGCCUCCCGACGUGAGCUUGCCCACCGUCACCUCUGGCUUCGCAGCGGCACUGCAGGAAAGCCUGGCUGAGGUGCACCGACGCGUACGGGGCAAGCAAGGAGACAUACGACCGGCGCAAGAGGGACGUGAGCCUAAGCAGAAGCGAAGGGGACGUGUAUGAGGUCGACCAAGGGGCGAACGAGAACAUGGGCGGUGCGGGCGAAGCGGCAGAUGUCAGUGACAACCCUGAGCAAGGACUUGGGGCCGACGACGCCGCUCUGAGUGCCACCGCCUGCCUGCCGCCGCCCGCAUCCCAGCGGCGCCCUCGGCGAGAGAGGCGUCGGCCGGGAUGGUUAAGAGACUUUAGUGAUGUCCCAGGGGACUGAUUAGUUUGAUUAAUUUCAUGUUUUGUUUGUUGAAUGUUGGGGCAGCCGGGUCGACUGCCUUUUGAAGGAGGAGAUAGUGUUACGAAUGUGCUGUAUGUGAAUGAUUGUAUGUGUAAUGUGAUGAAAUUGUAGCAUGAUGCAAUGUUAGCUCAGCAUGGUGCAACUCUACUUGUUGGGACAAGAGAGACAGAGGGGAGCCCGGGGGCCUCCGGCCGCCGGGCAGGAAGUGCGGAGUCGGCAGAGUGGAGAGUGGCGAGCGAGAGGCGCUGAGGAGUAGUUGAAGGCGCGUGUCUGGGCUUAGGGAGUGUUGAGCUGCUCCGCUCGCGAGCUGUGUGCUUCCGGUGUGCGUGUCUGCCGUGCCCCUGUACUGUGCCUGAUUAACUGUUCUGUGCCCUUGAAAGUUGCUGUACUGUGUGAGGAACCUGUCAUUAAACUAGAACUUAGUGUUGAACGUGUAUCCUUUGUGCCCUGCCUCGUCCCCUCCUCCCCUCGGUGUUCGAUGUGGGCCGCUGUGAGUGACUGGUGCCCGUGUGGCUGUUCUGGGGAUCACGCCACCUGCCUGCCCGUGUAUGGUGUGUGGUAGGGGGGGUGGCGUAACAAUAUACUCGUAUAGGCCAGUGUUGUCCAAACUGGGGUGUGCGUAUCCCUGGGGGUACGCGCACCCCAAAUAAUAUAUUGGUUGCUAAAAGGUGGUGGGGAGGUUUUGAAUUUUUUGUUUUAUAUUUCUCCUUGCAAAUAAAACAUUACAUUAGACUUUUGUCGUUUUUGUUUCUGUUAUAGAAUGUAAAUGAAAUCCAUAAAAUAUUCAUUAUCUGUACAACAAAUCAAUCUGCUACAGGCCCCGCACUUCGUUAAUCCAACUCAGCUGUCAAGCAUUUAAGCUUUUAUCCAUCAUGAAGAGGCAGUUCAAGCUGUCAGGUGCAGCAAACAAGAAAAGAAAAAAGGAGGAAGAGGAAAAACGAGUCCAAAGUAGAGAUGCAUUGAGAAAAUACCUGCAGCCACAACAGCAACCUGUAAAAGCUGCUACAGAGGAGUCUGAGGAGGCCUCGGUGUCAAUGCCUUCUGCCCAAGUAGAAGAUCCAGAAGGAGGACCCAGCACCAGCAGCUGCAGCACACUCAAUGACGAUGUCCCACUCCCCCUGCCUAAAGAUACUUCACAAUCAACCCCAAUAGGCACAGCAACAGAUGUAUGUGAGUACAGUGAGUUUGUUACAGCAGCACCCAUUGAUCCCGCUGACUGGUCACCCGAGUUGUCUGAUGGAGAGAGGAUCGAGUUGGUAAGUCGAGGGCCAUAUGUAAUCAAAUCAGAGUUCCCAUUCCCAAAGAAACAGGAUGGAAGAAGUUGUCAUCAUCACUACUUCUACAGACAGCUAGUGAACGGGGAGAAAAUCAAAAGAACAUGGCUGACAUAUUCCAAGAAAAAAGAUAGUUUAUACUGUUUUUGUUGCAAACUCUUUUCCCAGAAAACAUUUAAACUAAGCAGAGAUGGCUUUAAUGACUGGAAAAACUGCAGUGACUCACUCAAAAUGCAUGAGAACAGUCCAGAACAUACAAAGAAUAUGGGGUCAUGGAAAGAACUGGAGAGCCGUAUUAAAAAGGGGCAAACAAUUGACAAAGUUGAGCUGGCACUAAUAAACACUGAACGGCGAAGGUGGCGAGAGGUACUUACCAGGUUCGUGGCUAUAAUUCAUAGUCUGGCAGAACGAAAUGUUCCUCUCAGAGGGUCCACAGACACACUUUACCAGCCAAAUAAUGGGAACUUUCUGAAAGAAGUUGAACUCAUGGCUCAGUUUGACCCUGUUCUCAAAGAGCAUAUUGCGAAGGUGCAAGGAGGUGCCAGUCAUACAUCCUACCUAGGCAAUAUUAUUCAAAAUGAGCUUAUUGACUGCAUCAGUGAGAGGAUUGUGGAGUGCAUGGUGACCGAAAUUAGACAGUCCAAAUACUUUUCAAUUAUUUUAGAUUGCACUCCAGACUUAAGUCACAAGGAGCAAUUAUCUGUGAUAAUUCGAAUAGUUGCAGCUGAAGGCACUGCACAAAUUAAGGAAUAUUUUAUGGGGUUCCUUGAGGCCGAGCAGACAACAGGAGAAGGCCUCUCAACACUCAUCCUCAAAAAACUUAAAGAGCUUAAUAUCCCCUUUGAAGACUGCAGAGGACAGUCAUAUGACAAUGGGGCAAAUAUGAAAGGAAAAAACAAGGGAGUCCAGGCCAGACUUCUUCAGUUAAACCCCAGGGCUUUAUUUAUUCCAUGUGGAGCACACACUGUUAACCUGGUUGUGUGUGAUGCAGCAAAGAGCUCCUCAGAUGCAGCUGACUACUUUGGCUACCUGCAAAAACUAUUUAAUCUCUUUUCUGCCUCCACUCAAAGGUGGUCGACCCUAAAAAAACAUGUGGACACAACUUUGAAAUCCUGGGCAGACACACGGUGGGAGAGUCGAAUCAACAGUGUUGAGGUUGUAAGAUUCCAGGCUGCAAAAGUGAGAGAUGCUCUUUUAGAGGUCAGAGCAAGCACUGCAGAUCCAGCCAUUAAAAUUGAAGCACAAGCCUUAGCAGAAGAGGUGGGAUCAUACCGGUUCUCUAUUUGCACGGUGGUGUGGUAUGAUAUCCUUAGAAAAAUUCAAACUGUGAAUAAACUUCUGCAAUCACAAUGCAUGCAUCUUGAUGUAGCUGUUGACAUUCUCAAGAAGACUGAAACCUCCCUUAUUAGCUACAGAGACACUGGGUUUGCUGAUGCCCAGACAUCUGCCAGAGAGAUGUGUGAAGAGAUGAAUGUGGAAGCUGCACUAAAGCAGAAAAGACUCAGAACUACUAAAAGGCAAUUCUCUUAUGAGGCCCCUGAUGAGCCUAUUACCGAUGCCUUGAAGAAAAUAGAGUUUUCAUUUUUCAAUGUAGUUGUGGAUGUGGCCAUUGAAUCCCUGAGAGAGAGAACUGGAAUGAUGAGUGAUGUUGCAAAGAAAUUCAGUGUUCUCAUAAACUUCCCUGACCUGCCAGCUAGUGAGCUAGAAAAGCAGGCAAAAGAUUUGUGUAAUACGCUCACAUCUGGGGAUCAGGCUGACUUAAAUUAUGAUGAACUGAUUGUAGAGAUGCAGUCAUUUCCAAAACAAUGGCCAAAGCAAAAUAUGACAACAUUAGACCUUCUUGUUUUUCUGGAGGAGAAAGGCCUGAAAGAGAUUUAUCCAAACAUGUGGGUGGCAUUAAGAAUUGCUGUCACUACACCUGUGACUGUGGCAUCUGCAGAGAGAAGCUUCUCUAAACUUAAGCUCAUUAAAACAUAUUUAAGGUCUACUAUGUCACAGGAGCGCCUAAAUGGGCUGGCAAUAAUUAGUAUUAAUAGAGAAAUAUCCAAACAGAUUUCGUAUGAUGACACUAUAGAUGAUUUUGCUGCAAGGAAGUCAAGAAGAAUCAGGUUUUAAAUAUGAAAAGAAGUGAAGGAAAGUUUUAUUUAAUAGUUUUAGCAUAGACCUCAACAUUUAUACAUUGAGUUCUUUGGUUUUAGAUUGGCAAGAUUACCUUUUCAGUUUACCUUAGGUAGGAUUUGCAAUAAAAAUGUAUAAUGAACCUAUGUGCAAUUCUGAACUUGGCUAAAGAAUGUUCAAAUAUAGUGCUCCGAGAUUAUUUAAUGAGCUUCCAAAUAAUGUUAAGUGUAGUGAUAAUAUUGUUACUUUAAAGAAGAGGCUAAAAACUUUUAUUUUUAUGGAUUGCUAUGAUUUAGAUGAGAUGUGUAUUAAUGAACACUAUGCCUUAUAAGAAAUAGAAGAUUUAUGGAAAUGCUUUAUAACAUGAAAAUGUGAUACAUGCUGUGAACUGAUGGAAAUGUUUUAUAACAUGAAACUGUGAUACAUGCUGUGAAUUGAUGGAAAUGCUUUAUAACAUGAAACUGUGAUACAUGCUUUGAAUUGAUUUAAUGUAUGUGGCUCUGUAGAGUGUAGAUCACAAAAAAUCCUUGUCGAAAAAGCCAAAAAUAAGCCAAUCAAGAUAAAAGAUAAUAAGAUAAUGGUGUUAUUCUAUUAAAAUUUACAAAAAUCAUUA